AUGGUCCGCGGACUUGCUCGUGUCUCGGAGGCAUAUACCACACUGGGUCUACAGGAUGGCGCCAACCUAGAACAGGUUAAGUCUGCAUACAAGCAGCUUGCAUUGAGGACGCAUCCCGAUAAAAAUGUGGGCAACCCGGAUGCCACCGAACAAUUUCAGCGACUAUCCGAGGCGUACAAUGCCCUCGUACGACACCUGGACCUAUCUCGACGUCCGGAUUCCUACAUGCCCGAAUAUGUCCCAUUUCCGCAUGGCGCAGGCUUCGCAGCAUCGUUCUGCGAUGACUUCGAUGGCUAUGAAUUUGAUGAAGACUUUUACUCUGACGAGUAUGAGUCAGAGGAUGCUGAUGAUGAGGACUUUUUCAUGUUCCUGUUCGAAGAACUCAUGCAGGGCCGAGCGAGCCGUUUCGCACACGCCGAUUUUCGACGCUCCCGACAGGAACCAGAAACUCACGAAGAAUUCCAAGCGAGAUUGCGCAAAACGCGAGAGGAACAGGCAGCCGCCGCAAAACGUAGAGCGCAAGAGAAUGAAGCCCGCAAGGAGCGGGAGAGGGUUGAGCGCGAGCAGGAACGGAAGAGAGCAGAGGAACGUAAGAAAGCCAAAGCUACGAAGAAGAAGAAGGAUGCAGCGGAAGUAAAAAAGCUCAACGAGGCAUCCAUCCUCGCUCAACGACAACACACGCAAUCGAUUCGAUCAGCGAUCUUCGCAGCGGCUCGACAAGGCGAUGCCGCGAAGGUCAAGAAAGGCAUAUGGGAGGACAACGUCGACGCAUCGGGUGGCGAAGUUAAACCCGGUUGCGGAGCCUUUGUCGAUCAUCCACCCCAGGAUCCGCGGGAGACAUUGCUGCAUAUAGCCGCGCAACGCGGGGAUCUGGAACUCGUUCAAUGGCUCGAUUCUCACAAUGCCGAGGUGGAGGAACGAAAUUCCAGGGGUCUUUCGGCUUUCGACGUCGCUAUGCGGUCUGGAAACAUCAUGGUCAUGAGAUACUUCCUCGACAAUUACGAUCCUGCCGACUCCGACUCCCAAAGUUUAUAUGCUCCUGCCGAAGGCGUAUCAGCCAUCCGUCUCGCACUUGAAUCUGGCAAUCCUGAUGUGAUUGCCCUGGCGCUUGAGAGCAAGCUUUCGCCUCAGCAUCAGACUAGAGACGCGUGGUCCUGGGCUGUAUCUCUAGAGGGCAAACAGUCGUUGCUGGGGUCCGGCUCCUCCAACGCCGAGGCGCGAUAUGAGCAAAUCUUAGAUUUACUCAUGUCCUACUGCCACUUUACCCCGCCACUCACCCCGGAUUCUGCGGCAUGGGGACAGUCGGAGCAGCGAACCUCGCCACCCCCUCGGCCGAAGCACAAACAAUAUGCUAGCGCGAAAUUCCACAACAACAACCAACUCCUCCAACUCAAUCUCCCGUCGAUUCCCCGACAAGCAGUUACGCCCAUCACAAUGGACGGGCCCGCGGUCGAGGUCAGUGGCGUGGCCGCGGCCGAGGUCGGGGUCGAGGUCGAGGCGGAUUCCGAGGCGAAUUCCAAAACAGUACUUCCUGAGUCAUAG